CCCAAGCUCAAAAUCCGUAUGCAAAUCCAAAAGGUGUGAUAGUGUCAACGAAAGAUUACAGAAGAAUAUAAACCAUUUUAACAUGUUCUAAAUGCUUUACAUAUCCCCCCAAAAAAACAAAAAAAAACUGGUUGAUCUCUUCUUUCCUUCACCAACAUGCCCACAUGACUAUAUCUCUCUCUCACAGUACAUCCAUAUCUAUUGACUGUAUAUAUGUGAGUGUAUAAAUAGACACUCAAAGCACAUAAAGGCUCAACAAAAACAAAUAACUACAGCUUUGUGUGAUCGAGUUCUGAAAAUGGCUGUCAACAAAACCUCAAGCAAACUCUCACAAACAGCAGUUUUGAAGCACAUAGUGAAGAAGUGUUCAAGCUUGAGUAGAAAACAGCAACAACACUUCGGGGACGCCCCCAAAGGCCACUUUGCUGUGUACGUUGGCAUAAACCGAAGUCGAUAUAUCGUCCCUGUAUCAUUCUUGUCACAUCCUGACUUCCAGAGGCUGCUUCAACAAGCCGAAGAUGAGUUCGGGUUUGAUCACAACUUGGGUCUCACCAUUCCGUGUGAAGAACAAGUCUUUGAGUCACUUACUACCAUGCUUAGGUAGAAAUACAUAAUACGAUUUCUACUCAUUUAUAUUGCGAAAACGAGUUGGAUCAAGUAAAGAUAGUGUAAACUCUUGAGAGGUUAAUAGCACAUAAAUUCUUUCUUCGAUUUGUGUUAACAUUGAAAUAAACAUUGGCAGAUGUCUGAAGCUCCACUACACAAA